UAAGUAUACACACAACGUGAAAGUUUUAUUGGAUAUUAAGAUGCAAUAACAUAUUUAUUUUCAGAACAUACGAUUUUAUAUUUGCCAUGCUUUAACUGAAAAUAAUUAUGUUUAAAAGGAAGGGCACUCUUAGCAUUUGCGUUAGUUUGAUGCAAGUGCAUUAUUUUUAUCUUUCUUGAUAGGGAUAAUUAAAAUGACUAAAAUUCUUCUCCCUUCUUUGAUUCAGCAUGCACAUCUCUUCGGUUUUUACUGGCCUUUUAAUUUCUUUCUUUUGUUGUGAAAAAUUUUUGUCACAACACAUUCUCUCGAUUUUUAUCGCACUGCUCGAGUUUUAUCUCUUCGUAUUUGAUGUUGUUUGUCAAAAUCUUAGCAAAAUCUAACAAUAACAUUUUGUUAUGCCUUAAUUUUUCGAGAGAGAAUAUUCGACUUUAUUUCGCAAACAUUCUAUAAAGUAAAAAUAAUUGAUCGAUGAUGCCAUUUGAAAGUAUUAUAUUCAUCGGCGUGUUUUACUGUCGAUUGCUGCUAGAUUUAUGAUCUUUCUUUUUAAAUGACAUCUGGCAGAAUGGAAUUUAGAUUAAAUAUUAAAUUUAUGUACAUAUGCAUAUUAUUAUAAGCAGAAGAUAGCGUCAAAUUUUUUUAAAUUACAAAUUAAAACAUCGGGAUGAAGAUAAUAAACUUUUGAUUUGUUAAAGACGACGAUCGCGCUUCUCAAUUUUUACACGAUUCGUUCGUUCACUUCAGUCGCGUCGGCGGCAAAUUUUAUCCGGGAGAAAAAAAUGAUCCCUUCAAAUCGCGCUUUGCAUAUCGCGAUAAAUCAUCAUUUAUACAUCGUCGGAAAUGAUAUGCGACGCGCGUACAUGCGCUGGUUGUCGGUAUCUGGAAGAGGACGACGAGCGGACGACGAAUCUCGCGGUCUACCUGGCCAACUGUCAACACGCGAAAUGCAAGGUGGUUCGCCUGGUCCGUCAGCAAAUAAGUAAACUGCAGAACAUGCAGCGCGAAUGGUAUCUGACUACUUAUGAAGAAGCAAAGCAAGAGGCGCGUAGGGAAAUCCCCAUUAAAAGAGAAGCAUCUUAUGAAGUUCGCGAAGUAUAUGGUGAAAUUCAUGGUGAAGAGGUACACGAGGUAGAAGGCGAAAUAGAGCAAACGUAUAACGAAGAGUACAACGAAGUGCAUAACGCGGUUCCUAGAAAGCGAAUUGUCGAAAUGAUAAAUGCGGAAGAGAACAUAACGACCGCAUCCUUGCAUCGCGCGGCUUCUCCUCCCAGGAGAAUGGCGGUGGACCGCAAGUGGAUGCUGCGGAUCCUAAAUCGCGUUCGUCAUCGAGCACAUCUGAUACUGGUGGCUGCUGCGGUGGGAGUGAUAGUUUGGUCCGCUCUGGUGUACGGCGUUUUCCUGGGUGCGACCGCUUGCGGAAGCGGUCGCAUCUGCCUCGCGUCAACCCUUAAAUAUAAACCUGCUAAACGCUCGCUUUUUUAA